UGGUACCCCGUUUGGCAAUGAUUCCACGAUGGGCCGUUCAAUUGCCUCCCAUUGAUCGUCCGCGUCUCAAUCCGGGUGCUAUGUAUAAGUUUAGCACCGCACCCUCUCAAUGUCAUUCAUCUAUAUUAGUACUUCGCGGUCUCGCUUCCCCGUUCCCUGCAUAAGGCAUUCGUACCCAUCCCCCUUGACGAAUCCUUCAUGGCGACCUACACCGAGCAUCUCCCUUCCCCAGCUCUGUCAGAUGUCUCUGCGCAUUCCGACCAAGGGUAUAUGCCUGUGCAGGCAUCCCGGCCUGCAGGUCACUAUGAGCGCCGACUGGGAGACACCGAGGCGUCGUACUUUCUUCCCUCACGCGAGAGCGGUGUCAAUGAUAUGUAUCUGCACUUGGGUUUUAAUGCACCCACUAGCCUUGUUCGCCGUUCUAGAGUGAAACUGGUCUGGGCAAUUCUUCGUGUGAGACAUCCCCUUCUCGCCUCAAAGGUACAAAUGCACGACUACGAAGAUAUUCGAUUCGUGUAUGUUUCCCAUCCUUCACAUCCAGGUACACUGCCCCUGGCAUCAGUUGAUGAAGCUCUCCUUGACGCGGAUCGCAACUUAGAAUCUCGUAGCGCAGUUAAAGAUGAAUUGAUUGAUUCCUACUUGAACGGCCCUCGCACACUGUCCACGGAUCGUCUGUCCUAUCUGAUUAUAUCCUCCGUUGAUGAGGGGUCCUCGCUUCCCAGUCCUCCGUCUACGCCCAUUCCAUCCACUACGGCGCCUCGUGACGCAAAUCCAGGCGUGAAUCAUGAUAUCCUCAUCUGCGCAACUCAUUUCCUGGGUGACGGCAUGGCCCUACAUCAGUUCGCCAACGACUUCUUCGGUCUCCUGGGAAGCUCCAAGAACGAGCAUGAGCUCGAGGGAGUCUUGAGAACCGAGUGGGAAACCCGAUGCAAUAAGGCUAAUGAUGAAUAUACUCUACCUUCGUCCCUGGAGGAUAGGCUUCCCGCGGCGCCCACCGGACGUUUUCACAGUGCAGCCUGUCGAGUUGAUUUCCAGAGGUGCCAGGAUAAAUUAAUAGGCGGGCAUACGUUCCCUCGUAGGACGAAGAAGAUGCUGAAGACGUGCAAAGCGCAUGGUGUCUCAAUAUCUAGUGCAUACUUCGCUCUUUGCAACAUUGCGUGGGCGAGAACCACGGAUUCGAAGUGGGAAGUUCCUUCGAUGAUGUACUCCGCUCUCAACCUCCGCCCCAACCUCAAUGCCAACAAAGCGCUAAACGACUCGUACUGGUACCUCGCCAUCGGGUACUUUAAUGUCGUUCUUCCUUCGUUCUUCCCCAAGACCGGCGACUUGUCCAGAACCUUCUGGCACCGUGCUCGUUCAGCGAAGGAGCAGAGCACCCAGGCCGCUAAAAGCCCCUUGCUCAUUUCUCGAAGCCACGAGAUGGCUCGUGAGCGAGGUGUUCGAGCACGAGCCUGGGGAAAGGAGGACGAUGAGAAGGCGCGAGGCGUUUGGGUGCCCCCACCACCCAAACCAGCAGUCCAAGGACCCUCGCGCGCGCCUUCUGCUGCGCUGAUUGGGCUGUCUUUGCUUGGGAACCUUGAUGGAAUCUACAAGCAUGCGAAUUUUGGGGACGUGAAGCUUCAUACGUUGACCACGGGAUCUCGUCAACGCGCUGGGGGAAUGCUCUUGUUUGGUUACACUUUUGUUGGCAAGCUCUGGAUCAGUUUAGGAUACGACGAGAAUGGCUUUGAGAAGGAGACUGUCGACAAGUUUUGGGACAAUUUGCUGCAGAGCACGGACGAAUUUUUGGACGCGUGACGCUAUUAUUAUUUGCAUGUUAUCAUUAUCGGACUAAUGCUAGUCAAAUAUUAUACCUAUAACCACAGCAUGUACUUAGAGGUAUCGGAAGGUGUUAUUGGCCUCGUGUCAUGCAUGCAGGCUAUGCAUGAAAUUCAAGCUAUUUCAAUGUGCAUUUAAUUAAGGUCACCG